AUGUUGACUGCUGAUCAUGACGAUCGCGUUGUUCCAAGUCAUACGUUGAAGUAUGCGGCUGCAUUGUAUGAGAAGACCAACCCACUUCUAGUCCGCGUCGAGGUCAAGGCUGGUCAUGGUGCUGGGAAGCCUACUGCCAAAGUGAUAGCUGAAAUAGUUGAUAUGUACAGUUUCCUGCAGAGAGUUCUAAACCUCGAAUGGAGAGACUGA